GCUCCAGCCCUCCAAGCCUCAUGCCCGCCGCUCCACCGUGUCGCUGCACAAGCAGCACUUCCCCACAUUGCAGUGCUUGACGCAAUACGAAGAUGUCUGCGACCAUCGACUCCACCGUGCGUCGCUGCACAAGCAGCACUCCCCGCCUUACCAGCAGUGCAAUCGCAUCGCGCCCGCUCGGCCGAUGCGCGCUCGUGUCCUCUUCUGAUGCGCUGCUACGGUAUAGAUUUGGAGAUGCCAUUGACAGCCACGACGAGAUCGUCCGCUUCAACCUGGCGCCCGUGCCAGAGGCGCUGCACCACCAUGUUGGCCGCCGCACCACCACGGUGGUAGUUGGCUAUCAUGUCUUGCUUCUCCUUCAAGAGAGCGUCGCGCGUUGGCUGCGCCAGCUGCAGCCGCUGCAGCCGCUGCAGCCGCCGCAGCAUCACCAGCUCCAACCAUUACACGCAGACGACAACGGUGGUCGCAGCGGCUCGCCUCAAGUCGCGGUGCUUGUCUCCGACAACUGGUGUGUGACGGACGAUUACAAGUGCCGAGUGCCCGGCAAGUCGCGGCGCUGGGCCCAGCGCGGCGGACGAGCAGGCGGGCCGCCGCUAUCAUGCCCCAAGCAGGCCGCCUCUGUCGGGAGAUGCCGAUGCAUCGCGCACGCGUUGCCUGGUUGGAUCGAUUGUGCGCCCGCCCCGUCGAAGGAGGAGGUGCAGGAGACGUGGCGACUCUACCUGGAGCAGGCAAACGAGUCGUGCGCAAAGAGCGGCCCGUCGACUGGUCUCGCCGCCGCGAUCCACUUUCUCCGCCGCUGCAAGAGAGUUACGCUGUUUGGCUUUGGUCUUCCGUCGCGUGGAGGUGGCGACGGGGAUCUCCAGCAGACGAUCGGGUC